AGGACGCGGCGGAGGACGCGCCGCCGCCUCCGCCAAUGCCGCCCGACAUAGAGGACGCGGCGGAGGACGCGCCGCCGCCGCCGCCCCUGCCGCCCGACGGGGCGGCCGCCGACGGUCCGCCGCCCCCGCCCCCGCGGGAGGCGCCCCCCGCCGCCAGGGCGCCUCCGGCGACCCCCGCGGCCGGCGCGCCCGAGGCCCCGCCGGGCCCGCGGAGCCUCGGCCCGGCGGAGCUGGCCGGCAGGAAAUGUUCGUACUGCUCCGCGCCGGCGCUUGCACGGGAGGUGCCGGGGAUGAAGGUGAAGUACUGCGGGGACUGCUGGAACUGGUGGGCCGCCUCUGGGCUGGAGGGCAAGGUGUCCGGAGCCCACAUGACUCCAGCGUGCGCAUUUCCGCCGCCGCCCCCGCCUCCGCCCGCGCACCCGCCCCCGGCGCGCUGCGCGGAGGUGCGGCAGGCGUGCGGCGUGGUCGACGCGUCGACGGCGCAGGGCGUGCCGCUUGCGGAGCCCAAGCGUGAGCACGCCAAGCUGCCGACCGAGCUGGAGCGGCAGGGUCGAUACCGAAGAGGAAAACAGAACGAGGAGGAGGACCUCCCGCUCGGCCCCACCUCUGUCCUCUGCCGCCCCGCCCUGGCAGAGGAGGAGAGGACCAGGACCAGGACGCGGACGACGCCCCGCCCCGUCCCACCCACCCCCCCGUGGGGGGUGGAGGGGGUGGCCGCGUUGCCUCCCCCCACCCCACCCCCUGGGCCGACCAGGAAGAAAUCCGGCCGCACUUGGCGGCGGCGCUCGCGAGGGCGGAGGAGGCCGAGACGAAGGAC